AUGGCUCCAGGUGGUAGGAAGAAGGGGAAAAAAGUACCUUCUGGUCCAGUUGCCGACAAGCCAUGCCAUAACUGUCGACGCCGAAGGCUUCGCUGUGACCGUUUGCUUCCCCACUGCGCAAAGUGCGAAGCAAAAGGUGUGGAUUGUCUUGGCUACUCUCAAAUCUUCCAGUGGACGGGUGCCGUUGCUUCAAGAGGCAGAUUGGCCGGACAGCAGUCGAGCGCUGCCUUGUACACACCAGCUCGCCCUACCACAGCUCGUUCGAGAGCUUCGCUAUCUUCCGUUUCUUCACUUUCUUCUAACUCUCCAGCCUCCUCCUCCUCUGCUUCCUCCAUUGCUUCACCGUCUGUUCCAUCAUCAUCACCUGCAUUUAUAGCGCCCGCUCUCUCUCAAGUCGACGAGGUUACAGAGACUUCAGAAGCUGAGUCUGAAUCUGGCUCUGAAGUGGACAUAUUCAAUGACAACUACAUCGAUGAUCAAAAUAAUGGUGGUGAUGAUGAUGCAACCCCCCUAGCGAGUGGUGAUACGCAACUCGUCUGUACCACCAACAAUAACUGUCCCCUGGCAUCGGAAACCUCGACCCCGUGGGUGCUCGUCGAUCCCUUGUACCAAGACAUUACGAGCAACCACAGACAGUAUCUCGCUUAUUUUGAUGCGCGGCUCAGUCGAGAUUUUGUAGCCUACGAUGUUCCCGACAACCCGUUUCGAAACCUACUCAAAUUUACUCAGGCCCAACCUCUGCUACGUCAGGUCAUCAUUGCUGCUUCAGCGACGCACAUGUACAACCGCUCGAGGCCAUGGUUGUCUUCGGAGUCGCUGGAGAGGGGGCUAGGUCCGAGAAAUCUGCUGAUGGACGCCCUCGAGGCCAAGCACCAGGUCUUACGGAUGUUACCCUCCGCUUUGCAGAGCAUCGAGUCUAUUGGAGGUGACAUUGUUCUGGCAGCGAUCUUGUUCCUGAUCAAUGUAGAGCUGAUAGAGUCGGGAAAACACAACUGGAAGACCCAUUUUGAUGGCGCUGGAAAGAUCAUGAAGCUGCUGGGACCAGUGUCAGAUAUAGAUGAGAGCUUAAGAGACUACAUUGUAUCUGACUGCUUUAUAUACUAUAUACUGGAGUCAACAUUCAGACCCACGGCAUCAGAUUCCCAUUCAUAUUUCGACUCAUGUGAAGCAUUAAAAAUACUUGGCAAAACAUCAAAUAGCUAUUAUUGCUGCCCACCCGAACUCCUCGAAAUCAUGCUUAUCGCAGCGCGACUAUCUAAUACGAAAAACGAUGAUGUCGUUUCGGCCGAUAUGGUUACCGCUGCCGGAGCAGCAUUAUUAGACCGAGCUCGAAAUUUUGACGUUCUUCCAUGGGCACAAGAUAUCAAUUUCAGCACGAUCACAUUAUCCGACCAGGAUCCAGUAUUAAGUCGUUUUCGAGUAGCGACCUCUCAUCGACUGGCCAUCUGUCUCUACAUUCUACACGCGAUACCAACUGUGGGGGCUUGGGUCGGCGAGGAACUGGCGGACGCAAUAUUCGCGGAGUUGCAUCAAGUGUUGUGUAUGAUCCCCGACGACGACAUCAAUUUGAAGGCGACAACGUGGGUGACCUUUGUCUUUGGAGCGUGCGCCAGAACGCCGGAGAUGAAGGAUUGGGUUACGGUUCAGAUCAAGAAGCUUAUGAUUGAGAGUCCUUGGGGUUUCUUAUACGGUGCUGGGAUUGGGCCGUCAUCUUCAGGGCAGGAGCCGGAGUCACGGCACACCUAUGGCACAUCUGUUGCCAUCUUCCCUCUGGCGUUUGGUUUUGACAUUUGUCAGGCAGCCAACAACGGCAGCUUGGAAAAUGUCUUGGGGGCAUGGGACUACGUGGGUACAAAGUUCAGUCAAUCUGAGUACAGUUAA